GACACGAAUAAUGGUUUUAUCUAGAGAUAAUAUCAUUAGUCUUGAACCUUCACUAAAUUGUGAAAUGGAAAUAAGGAUUAAGUUUGAGAACCCGACGUUUUUGGUUUAUUUCAAUUUUCUGCAAUUUUUUUAAUUAAAUUUAACGGCUGAAUAGCUAAACCCGGAAGAGCUGAAUAGCUAAACCCGGAAGAGCGGCUCGAACGGUUAACCGCCUCGGCCGUUCUUUCUGUUUAACCGCCUCGACCGCUCGUCAACCGCUACAUAAAACCAGAGCUGCUUUUAGAUUGUUCCAAGUCGAUUUUGUAACCGGGUGGCGAUUUUACCGGUCGCGGCUCUGCUUUAAUAACACUUGACUGCCUUUUGCCUUUGUGGGUUUGGACACUUACACAGCCAAGAGGGAAAUAAUAUUAAAAAAAAAACAGCCCACCUGUCCAUGUCAUCACAGAAACUUGGCCACGUCUGCAUGUGUAGCAAUACGUGUAAACCCACAAAACCCAACGUGUCGCCCAUCUUCCAACUUUCACAACCCCAGCUCUGACCUCUACCGACACGUACUCCUCAUGCAAACCCAUCACCUCCACUAUAUAAACCAUCCCCGCGGGGGGAAAAAACCCUCACCACCGCGCCUUAAUUAAAACACUUCACUCCAUCUCAUCCAAUUAUUAUAGCACCGAACAAUAUAAUUAACCACCUCCCGUCACAAAAUGGCAAAACUGAGCCUAGCAGUGGCAGCAUUCCUCCUCUUCCUGGUGGCCACCGAGGCCACCAUCCGCACCACCGUGAUUGUGGACGAGGACGUCGAUGCCUCGAACCAGCGCGGUGGCGGCUGCAGCCAGGAGAUGCAGCGGUUCGACAACCUGAGGAACUGCCAGGAGUACAUGAUGGAGAUGAUGCGCGAGCAGCGAGGAGGCCGCGGAGUCGAGAUGGUGGUGGCGGCCGCCGCGAACCCGAUGAUGAAGGAGCAGUGCUGCCAGGACCUGAGGCAGAUGGAGUCGCAGUGCACGUGCCAGGGGCUGGAGAUGGCGAUGAACGAGAUGAUGAGGAAGAUGGCUGGCCAGAUGGAGCAGCAGGAGAUGCAGACCAUGUGGCGCAUGGCGGAGAACCUCCCCGGCAAGUGCGACGCUUCCCCCAGCUCCUGCCAGUUCCGCGGCGGCCGACAGCAGAUUCCAGCCUGGUUUUAGAGUGAACCAAAACUAUGAUCUCUUCCUAAGCACGACGGCUAGAAAUCAGAAUAAUUAAGAAGGAAAAAUAGUACGAAGCAGAGUUCCGUUUACUUUGUAUGUAACGGAAGGGGCUCUCUCUAGUUUUUGUUAUUGAAUAAUAAUAAAUAAUAAAGAAAACACACUAUCGUGUGUUGUUUCGAAUUAAUUCCGGCUGAUUAGUGUGUCUUAAUCUAUUUAUCUGUCCUAGUGUUCACUAUUUAACUAAAGCAAAAUUAAUUAUCAACGAAAAGUAUGUAGAACCUCUCAGACGUACUGAGCUCCACAUUGGCUGCAACCAGACUUUUUAUGCUAUCGAAUGAAUGAGUUGGACGUCCCGCCGAAAUAAAUAGUCUAACAAUAUAAUACUUAAGACAUUAUUAUAGUUACAAAAUAGUAGUUCAUUGUAGAACACACUCAAGGUAAAGAUUUAGACCAACACAUUACUCAAUUCGGUUUUGAUGACCGUUCAAAAUGAUAUUUCGAUAUUGAAUGUUCUGCUGCCAACAUAUCGAUAUAAUUUUUGUGUUUGUUUCCUUUUUUCUUUUCUUUUUCCAACUCAUCAAUAUCUCUUGUAAGUAGUAUUUGAACUUGUUAUUAAAUGAUCAAUUUAAUAAAUUUCAUAAGAUGUA